AUGGCCACAUUUCUUGUGGACAAUAUUACACUUUAUAUUUUGGUGAACCCAACUAAAAAUAUUCCCGCUUCCUCAAAUGUAGUUGGACAUUCCGCUUCUCGAGUCCCUAGUGGUACCUUACUGGUCUUCCCGCAUAUUCGAGGUCCUAACUCCCCUGCUAGAGGCCCCUUCUUUCAAGACGAAGAUUCAAAUUCCCAUACUAAUUCCAAUUGGCAGCAGGUCCAUCGUUGCAGCUUUAAUCUAUAUGCUCGUUCUCCCAGACAGCCAGCUACUAGACGCCCUGGUGUUUCAUUCAGGGAUGUGGUUUCAGAAGCUCAUAAUUCUCAAGCUCAUGCAAAUGAUCCGGUUCAAGACCCUGCUCCAGAUCCAGGUCACAUUCUUGUUCCUGAUCCAAUUCCAGACCAUCAGAUGCAUGAGGGCGAUCCCUUGGAGCCCAUUCCUCUAGCUAUGAUCUUCCCAAAUCAAGAUGACCCUCUUCAGUUCAAUGAGAAUGCUCAUCUGGCGGAUAACCUUAAUUUAGCUCCAGACUCUGAUGAAGACCAGAUGUUUGAAUUGAAGGGGAGGCUAAUGUGGAUCAAGACUCUUCUGGCAAUGUUAAAGCAAAUUCUGACUCUGGUAAUGAGUCGUUUGCUCCUGCUCUUUCUAAUCAGUUGCCUAGUCAAGAUUUAUCUGAAGACCCCAUGAAUCAGGACAUCUCUGGUCCAGUUUUUAGAAGCCCUCAGAAGAGAGGCAGAGAUUCCAUUGAAGAUUCUCAUGCAGAACCUUCUAAUAUUCAUAGUCCACAAUGACAAUCUUAUGUUGGAAUUGUCGUGGCUAUUCACGGCAAGGUUUUCUUCCUCAAGCCACUUUCUUAUCAUCCUUAGUUGCUCUUAAUGUUUUUUGCCUGCUAGAUACUAGAUUAGAUGAGGAUGGUGUAGAGAGGCUAGCUACUAAGUUUUAUUUUGCUAAGUUUUGUUGUAGCCCUGCUGUUGGACAAUCAGGUGGCCUGAUUUUGUUUUGGAAUGAAAUCGACUUUAAUCUUUCUGUUGUUUUUGUGCAUCCCAGGUUUAUUCAUUGUUCUUUCAGUAAUCCUAAGAAUGGUGAUAAUUGGUUUAUUACGUUUCUGUAUAUGUAUCCUCACAAAGAACUUCA